AAAAGUAGAUUUCCAUCAUUAAAAGAUGACGCAACCUGCUACAUGUCAAUCAUUGUGCCUGCAUACAAUGAAGAGGAUAGGUUAUCUUUAAUGAUGGAUGAAACAAUGGAAUACCUUCAAAAAAGGAAUAGAUUAGAUCCAAAAUUCACGUAUGAGGUGAUUGUGGUGGAUGAUGGUAGCAAAGAUGACACGUCUAAGAUUGCCUUGAAGUACAGUAGACAGUACGGUUCGGAUAAAGUCAGAGUACUCACCCAAGUCACCAACAGAGGAAAGGGAGGGGCUGUCAAAAUGGGUGUGCUGAGGUGUCGGGGUAAGUACAUUCUAUUUUGCGACGCAGACGGUGCCACGAAAUUUUCAGAUGUUAAUAAGUUGGAGGCUGAAUUAAAGAAGCUGAUUGGUGGAGAGGUUAAUGACGAUAGGGCUGUUGUGUGUGGAUCAAGAGCCCAUCUGGAGAAAGAUAGCAUUGCCAAACGUUCAGUCUUCCGAACCAUCUUAAUGUACGUUUUCCACUUUUGCGUCUGGUUCCUGUGUGUUCGCGGCGUUAAAGACACGCAGUGCGGUUUCAAAUUGUUUAGUAGGGCUGCUGCUAGGCUCUUCUUCUUUAACCUCCACGUCCAUAGAUGGGCCUUUGAUGUUGACCUGUUGCACAUAGCACAGCACUACAAUGUCCCCAUAGCUGAGGUGGCCGUUAGUUGGACCGAAAUUCCUGGUUCGAAACUUUCUCCACUCUGGGCCUCACUUCAAAUGGGGCGUGACCUCUUUCUAAUAAGGCUCCGCUAUUUAACUGGAUCCUGGAGUAUGGUGGAAGAUAGGUGGAAGGAAGAAAAGAAGAAAGAUGAAUGAAUGAAUGAUUUUGUGAAAUGAAUAAAUUAUCGAACAAAUGAAUGAAUGAACGUCUUUUAUCAACCACAAUUCUACUUGAUCAUGCAAUUUUAUCAAACUGUUGAGCUCUCUUUAUCAAUGUCCAUGUAAAAUAUUUGUAAGUAUAUCUCGAUUGUUAAUAUUGUAAACUCAUUAAUGUGCAUGCAGUCCAUACAAAUAUUGUAUCGAAUUGUAUGUAUGUACGUAUGGCAUGUAUGCACUAUGCAGGUACGUACGUACGUAUGUAUGCAUGUUGUUUAUCUUUGUGUAUACGUAUAUAUGUGUGCAUGUAUUGUGUAUGUACGUACACACACAUACAUACAUACAUAGGUAAUGUUUAGAUUUUAAAAUAU